AUGGACGAGGGGGACCGGAUCCUCAACAUGGGUUUGGAGCCGCAGAUCCCAAAGAUUGUGCCCCAAGUCGAGGUUGGCGACAUCAACUCGCUCAACGCAAACAAGGACAUCACGCAGGUCGUGCACCUCGUCGACGGGCAGGCGCAGAAGGCGUCCCUCAUGAGCCAGGUCUUCGCGACGCUCGAGGCGGGCUCGCGCGUCAUCGUCUUCACCUCGACCAAGCGGAUGUGCGACUCGCUCGGCUCGCAGCUCGGCCGGAGGAUCGGCGUGGGCGUGAUCCACGGAGACAAGGACCAGCGCGAGCGCGAGAUGGUGCUCGCCGACUUCAAGAGCGGCCGCCGGCCAGUGAUGAUCGCCACCGACGUGGCGGCGCGCGGCAUCGACGUCAAGGACGUCAAGGCGGUCAUCAACUACGACUUCCCGGGCAACAUCGAGGACUACAUCCACCGCAUCGGCCGCACCGGCCGCGCCGGCGCCAAGGGCGACUCGAACAAGGCGCGGCCGCUCGUCGACAUCAUGCUCAAGGCGGGGCAGCAGCUCCCCGCGCAGCUCGCGCAGAUGGCAGGCGUGCGCCACGGCCAGUUUGAGGAGGCGGACAUGGCGGCGCUGAUGCGGCCCCCGGGCGACACGGCGCCGGUGGACGAGGAGCGGCUCGGGCGGAUGCUG